AUGGAUUACUUUUCCAAGUUCCUACGGGCGAACACCCAUCCAACUCCCAAGGCAGAGGUUGAUCAUGCUGCAGAGUUCCAUAAGUCAUGGGUACUCAUCAAGAACACUCUUAUGCAACCCGACGAACGGCAAAUUACGCGAGGUAUCAAAUCCACCGAUGUACCGGCUCGUCUUCAGUCGAUGGUGGAUUCCUUGGUAUGGGAGUCUACCCGGACGGAGGAAGGCGUAACGGGAGCAUGUCUGGAGUAUCUCUUGAAGAACGACGUUCUGGGAACGUUGGUCAAGCUGAGCGAAUCCGAUCGUCCAUUUGGCAUUCAAGCCGAGGUGCUCCGUGCCGUGCAGAAUAUGGUCGUCCUCUUGGAUGAGCAAUUCCUAGUUCACACCGCAGUUCACAAGGCCGUCUUGCGUCUUUUACGCAAUUGUGUUGGCGAUGAUCUCCAGGAGCAACUGGACGGACAUAACAAGCCCAUGGGAGCAGCAGGGAUCGCGUCUCGAUCUCAGCCGUCGGAGUAUGAGGAAGACUUGGUGAACCUAUUGUGCAUCCUUUGCAGUAGGAUCCGAACGUAUCGCGAACUCCUUAUGAUAUUCUUCCACGACAAGCAAUGGUACCGACCAGAGCCCUUAUUCUCCGUAGAGGAAGGGGAAGAAGAUGAGGACGAGGAAGAUGAGCGUUCUACUCUGGCUGAGAACACAGGAAAACAACCCCCUGUCGACCCCAGUACACCCCCUCCUCAGUCAUCUCCUUCGCCGUCCCAGCAGACAGAAAUCUCCGCCAUGGGCUCAUCUAUCACGAAGAAGCCAGAGUAUGAAUUCUUGCUUUUCAACUACCUGCUGCGGUUUGUCCACCGAGAAGGCCAAAUUGGCGAUUUCGCUCGUGCAGGUCUCCUCUUCCUCAUGGACGUCGCGAUGUCACCAUUGGAUCCUUCACCACACAAACUGGUCGAAGAAGACCUCUCGUCUUCGAUCUCAACCGCGCGUUCUGGCCCCGACCACGAUCCCAAUACAGAUGCGGCUCUUGCAUUAGCAGAGUACAUCUUGGAUGGCGAUUUCUCCGACGUUCUUGCCGCCGGUCUCGCUGCAGUUUACUCCUUGCUUCCCACCAAGCUCGAAGUCAAACCUCCUCUGGCUGCGGACGCGGCUGCAGGUUCAGCUAUGAUUUUGGGUAGCAGCACCUUGACAGAUUCCACACCGGAGGAGAGGGACAAACUGGAAAGCGAGCGGGAACGGAGCAGGGCUAUGGGCUUGGAGGAGUCUUCUAGUCCAGACUUCAAAGGCCGUCUCGACCACUUCCUCAAACUCCUUGAGUUUCUCCAGGACGUCUUUCGGCGAAACAAGACCCGUGAAACGGAAGAUGGCAGCCUCGAUCCUUCAUCAUUUGUGGGUUCUGCGAUUGUCCAAUCCAUCCUCGAUGCCGUUCGUAGCGUCUUCCUCGAGAACAUCCUCUACCCAUCCAUCCUCGAAUGCUCGGACGCCGACGGGAGCUCUGUUGCUGUCAUGUCGUACAUCGAGAUCAUGAUCCGUACUUUGGAAAACGGACAACUUGCAGACCUUCUCGUCGAUUUCCUCAUGAGCGAAGACAACACAGAAGACCUAUCGUCGUCCAGACCUCGACCGCGUUCGAUGCUCAACCUCGGUGGGAAACUUCCUCCCAGCAACAUGUCACAAGCGGAGCUGACCGAGAAGGCGAAGCGACGGAGACGACAGAGCACGGCGAUGAAACUAUUGGACAUGGAGGCGCCAAAUGCACGAAGACAGUCCUCGUACUUCACAUCCAUGGGCCGAUUUACCCUCAAGGAUUUGCUGUUGACAAGCCUUCGCUCCAAAUCUCCUGCCACCGCCACCGCUGCUCUCCAGCUUCUCCAAUCACUGCUACUUCAGUACUGUACACUCUGCUCCGAGCGAGUCCUAGUCGUCAUCCACGACCCUCAAGCCACAACUUUCCCGCAGCCCUCCAUUCUUCCCGAAGCGUUGGAAGACAUGGCGCCUCCUCCAAAACCCACAGACGACUCGGACGAUGACGAGGCUUUCGUAUACCCCAGUACCAAUGACAGCGCUACUGAACCCGUCCGACUGAAGUCCGUGGUUAUUUUCAGCCAACCGGACACCACGUACUGGACGCAUGAACGCGAGAUGGGCCUCUACCUCCAGCUGGUUUCGCGAGUUGACCCCGAUCAUGCAGAAGAUGCCUUCAGUACCGGGUACGAUCACUAUCUCCGCGAUGCAAUAGUCUCCAUCGAAGCCCAGUCAUGUUUCCGAGCCGAUUUCGAUCCAGCCGAACGUGCCAAGUUGAAACAUUGCUUGAAUCCCAACGACCCGGUUCUAUCCCUCGUUCUCGGCUUCCUGCGCAAAUUCUUCUCGAACACACCGGAGACCAACAUGGCGUUGACUGGCGUCCUUGCUACCCUUGCCCUCUGCCCCGACCGCUCACUCGCUGGAUGGCUCACGUUUGCUUCAAAAAAGAGCCCAACGCCGUCCAAUGCACGAGAAGAUGAGUUCGCACCAUACGAAGACGACGGAGACGACCGCUCAAUCGACUUCCGAAUCGAGGAGAAGCUUGCGUCAGAGCACGCGCUCCCCGCAUCAAGCAUGGACGAGCAGUCCCGGCCCGUCGUCUACGCCGUCUUCCACGGCCUCGUCGGCCAGCUCGAGCGGUACCGCCAGAUGGUUGGCCGCUUCGACGAGUUCCUUCAGGAGCGCCGCCAGGGCCUGCUCUUCAACGAGAACCUCACCGACGCCCUCACCCUCGCACUCGACUUCGACGCCAGCCCGAAACAGAGCGGCUUCGCCGGCGCGCUCCAGCAGGUCCAGCAGGUGCUCUCCCCGAACGAGAGCGCCCAGCGCCCGAAACCGAAGUCGAAACCGACCGCGGGCCAGGCAAUCGUCUCAUUUCUCACGCCAAAGAAGAACAAGCCGUCGCGGGCGCCGUCAGAGCCCACGACGCCUUCGCGCAGCGCGCGCGUCGAGGCGAGCCCGUUCGGUCCGCACUACCAGCGGACGGGCUCGAUCGUCGUCGAGCCGUUCCUCGCCCCGGCGCCGUCGUCCGGGCCCUGGACGCCGGCGAAGGCGCGCAAGUUCAACGUGGACGAGGAGGACGUGUUCGGGUCGUCCGGGCAGUGGGGCGAGAGUGAGGCCCAGACCGGGUCGUCGCGGGUAGUAGACGAAUCGGACGAGGACGACAUGCCCAAGGUCGCGCACGUAACCCUGUCGCGACUGCUGGACAACGUGGUCAUCCUGGAGGAGUCGGUGAAGGAGCUGGUGGCAAUCAUUCACGCGCGCCGGAGCCUGGGGAUUGACUCGAUACGCUAUCUGUAA